AAGGACGCUUCAAUGCUCAUUGCAGAGAUGACCAACUUGAAACAAGAGAUCAUCGAACUCAAGCAAGAGAACAUUCACCUCAAACGUCUCGUUGAAGAUAAGGAAAUAGUCAUUGACUCUCUGCUAGACUGGAUAUCCAGAUUUCGACAGCAAGACCGGCUUUCCGAUCGCGGAUCCACUCUCAGAGAUGAAGUGCUGCCCAGUGAAAGAAGCUGUUCUUCCUCGUCGGUGUCGUCAUUCAGCUUGUGUCCAUAUCACUCUCGACGUCCUGAUCAAAUGCUUCCGUCAAAGGCGACUCCAUCGUCUAAGGUGGUGCGAUGUGCCGAGAUGGCAUUGCUUCUCUCAUGCGUUUACCAGCGAUUACACGAUUGGUCAAUUCUAGCCUUUUCGACUUUCGGACUGGUUCAGACCCCCACCAACGGCUUCCGUAUGGCCUACUAA